UCAAGACCUCUUACAGACUCCUCAUAAAGCACACAGCAGCAAUUGCUGUAGAGAGAAAGAAGCAGACACACAUGCAACACAUUCAGCCUAAUUGUUGAUAUCCUGCAGAAGGUGCAAAAUGGCAGCAGCCAGAGUAACAAUGGCAGCAUCAAGGACAACAAACGGAGAGCUGGAGGACUACAGUGCUUAUGCACACAUGUCUGAAGAACAGCUGUUGCAGUUAGCUAUUGAACGAAGCCUGGCUGAAACAAAUUUAUCUCCAUGGCAGAAUCGACAAGUGCAGGCCCACACACAGCCAGCUGUCCCCAAAGGUGCGCAAAGACCUACAGCCAACCCUAAUUCAGCCAACCCACCCAGUGAAAUUAAGAAAACAAUGAUCGACAGAGAUGUUCAAGAUCAUAUGUUUAGUAAAGACAGCGAUAAGGUGAUUGCAUGGACAAGACACAAUGGACACCUGCGGGUCACAGUGCAAACUGUAAAUGAUUUGGACCCCUUUCUCUCAGCUAUUUGGAAAGGAGAUGCAAAGACAUUACAAGAGCUUGUUCAUAGCAAAUCUAAAAAUCUUGAAGAGCCCAAUAAAGAUGGCUGGAUACCGCUUCAUGAAUGUGCAUGCAACGGCCAUGUGGAGUGUCUUAAGGUUUUGCUCAAAGCCAAACCAAAUACAAUCAACAAAAGGACACACAGAAAUCAGACCCCGCUCAUUCUGGCUGUGAGUCGCAAGCAUAUUGCUGUUGUCGAGCAUCUUUUGGAGGAAGGAGCUGAUCCAAACAUUGCAAAUAACCAGUGGGAGACCCCAUUGUACAAAGCAUGUGAGAAAGCUAAUGAAGAGAUAGUGGAGCUUCUUUUGAGAUUUGGAGCUACACCAACCAAAGCCUGCGUCCAAGGGGGAACUCCACUACAUGAAGCAGUGAGGAACAAAAUGUUGGAGAGUUGUAGGAUGUUGAUACACGCAGGGGCAAAGCUGUGGGCCCAAAAUGUUUAUGGGAUUGACUCUUUGUUUACAGCUGCUCAGUGUAACGCUGUCGAUGUGCUUAACUACCUAAUACAUAAAGGAGGUAAUAUCAAUACCAAGGCUAAUGAUGAUGCAACAGCCCUGUUUGAGGCCUCCAAGAAUGGUCAUGUUGAAGUUGUCAAGAUCCUCCUGUCAAAAAGAGCCGAUGCUAACAAAGCCAACAAAACUGGAUUGCUUCCUAUUCACAUCGCAGCAAAGAAUGGUCAUGACAGCAUUGUCGCCAUGUUAAUUCCUAAAACCAGCACAACCAAAGUGAGACGCUCCGGCAUCAGUCCCCUUCAUUUUGCAGCCGAACGUAACAGAGAUGAUGUUCUAGAAAUACUGAUUGGGGCUGGAUAUGACGUCAAUGCCAUGCUGUCAGACGACUGGUCAAAACUGCAUGAGGAUCGCCGCAGCACAGCUUUAUACUCAGCUGUGGUGAACAGAAACAUUGAGGCCGCCAUUAUGCUUUUAGAAGCUGGUGCUGACCCAAACCUGGACAUAUUCAACCCUCUGCUAGUGGCCGUGAGGAAAGGAAAUAUAGAAAUGGUGAACUUGUUGGUGAAGUACGGUGCCAAUGUAAAUGCCAUGCUGCCAACUCAUCCCACCAGCUUCCCAGCAGCUCUUGUUUUCUGCAUGAGGUACAUUAUGAUGAUGAAGUAUCUGCUGGACAAUGGGUGUGAUGCACUGGCAUGUUUUAAAUGUCAGUAUGGAAGUAAUCCUCAUCCGCCUUUAAAACCAAGACCAACUGGAAGAGAAACAAUGUACUUAUUAAACGAAGAUCCAUCGGACUACUGUGUACAGUUUUGUGAGAUCAUUUCUGCUCCCUCAGUCAGAGGCUGGGUUGGACCCAUUAUUGACACUUUACUUGACUACGUGGGUCACGUUAAACUCUGCUCUAGGUUAACUGAACACCUAGACAGCAACAAAGACUGGGCUCAUGUAAAAGAAAAAGCAGUUCUUCCAUGCACAUUGAUGAAUCUGUGCAGAAUAAAGGUUCGCCAACAACUCGGAGUCCACAGACUGCAGCAAAUCCAUGCUCUUCCUCUACCAGCAAGACUCAACAAAUUCUUGAUUUAUGAACGAGAAUCAUUUGAGGAUAUCCUGUCAUGAAUGCUGUGCCAUUUCUUAUUAUUUACAAAAUAUGUUGUUUUGAAUUAUUUUAGUACAGAUACACGUUUAAGCUGCGGUCACACCACAGUUUGUGUGUGCAAAAUUCUGUUGUACGGCGCUGCGAAAAGGGGCGGGAUUAAACAAGAUGAUUAGACAUUAAAAAAAGUGAGCGAUCGCUCCAUGUUUUAAAUUUCUGUCCAGAGAGGUCCUGUUUUGAUCCUCGAUUGGUCUCACGCAGUCAAGUGAUGCGAUUUCACAGGUCAGAGUUCACCAAGCUUGAACUUUGCACCGCAGCGAACUGUGAAACUUGACGCAUGACCUUGCGUUUCCGGUCUGACGCAUUCCCUUGCGUAUGAAUGGAAGUGUAUGGGAGGAAAGCCCAGUGUGACCGCAGCUUUAGUUAUAAUGAUUUUAAAAGAUGAAUUAAAGGUUUAAAAUCAGGUUUGAAAAUGAAUCCUUUAUUAUUUUCAGUUUGCAUAUAGCUAAUUAUUCUUAAUGCUUAGUGUGUAAAUGUAAAUAAAAUAUUAAAAUGUAUAUAGUAUACAUACUGUAUAAAAGUAGCACGAAAUUGAUAUAAAUGAAGCACUGGCUAUGUAUUUUUAUUUAUAAGGGUGCGAAACCAAAUGUACUGUACUUGCAUUUUAAGAUUUUUUGUAAAUAAUAAUUGGAUUUAACAAUAAUUGAAUAUUUCGGGUAUUAAAACUGCAAGGAGCAAAAUUGUAUGGAAACAAUUUGAUUUUAUAACAAAUGCGAUGGCCUGGAUGUGUAUUACGGUAUAUGUUCAGUCUAUAGCACAUUCAUAUGUUUGCUGUUAUUAGUAAGACACUGACACUAUAAUGUAAAAAUGUAUGUUUGUAGUAAGUAUAAAAACAUUUACUACAUAUAAAAGCUUUCACACACAUUUUGGUCAAAAUAGUUUCUAAUUUAAUGCUGUCCUGAUUAUAUGAUGAUUUAAAACUGACAUUUUAAGCUAAUUUUGUAUGUCAGUAAGCGUGUUGUGUGCCUUAUGAUGUUGAUAUGUUCCUUAUCUUCCACUGUACAUAUGCAGAAAUGUGCAAUAAACUAUUAAAAAUGA